AUGUUAAACGUAAACACAACCAUCUUUUCAGACAAUAACGUUCAAAAGUAUUACAACAAGAAAUGCACAGAAGACGUUUUUUUUUUUUUUUUAUGGCUAUCUGUCGUUUUUUUUAAUUCCUAUAUCAAUUUUGUCAUUAUGUAUUGGAAAAUCAUUGGCAUUACCUACACCUCCAUGGAAGAUAAAUUCAUCACCCUCAAUGGAAGCUUUAUUAACAGCAUGUCCAACAUAGCGGGCCGCUUAAUAUGGGGAUCCAUAUACGACAAGCUACAAGUUAACAUGACUGUAACCUUGCUAGGGGCUUGCAUAUGUUGUGCGUGUUUUCUCCUUCCAGCCAUUUCACACAUAUACAUUUUCAUGUUCACCCUGCGAUGCCUGAGCUCGGCCUUCGGCCUCAUUUCGCUCGUCGCCACAGUUGUGAUGUUCUUCCUUACGCAGUCGUAG